AUGUCCAAGGGGGAGAAAAGACCAGGGGGAGAAAAGACCAUGGAACCUAAGAAAGACACACUGCCCUUUGGCUGGGUAGUGAAACAGUCCAAAUCCUACCCUGACCGAGUCUACUACUUCAAUAUCAACUCAGGAGCAAGUACUUGGGAAUUCCCUGAUCUCAUUCAGCCUUAUUUGGACAAUAAGGGAAAAUCUCAGCCACUGCCAGCCUUGUCUGCAACUGCCCUGAAUUCCCCAGACCCUUCUUCAUUGUCGGAAGCAUCUCAGAACCAGCCUCAACACUCAAGAAGCAACAUUGAAGCAGCUUCCCCUAUGGCAAAAGAGUUACAGCAAACUCCAACGUCUUCCAAAAAGUCUCGCAUUAGGUCAAACACUUUUGAGCCGGAUUCACGUUCCCUGGUUUCCAGGUUCAAGGAUUCUGUUCCGCAGAAUUCUGCAAGAAAGUUCAUUCCCUCUGAUAGAGAGACACCAUGCACUGUAACAUCACACACAUCUCCCAUGUCAGCUGUGUCAAAAUCUCCGACCCAGUCACCCAGCGUGAAAACUCUUCCCAUUAAUUAUAAUCAGACCAGAAGGUUUGGUUCAAUACAGGCAAAAAGAGAUUCGCUUAAAAUGUUGGCAUCCUCAAACAGUUUGAAAACUCAUAGCUCAGGUGGAAUUAUUUCAUUGAAAGCAGAUGGUGUUUGUAAGAAAAUUGUAAAAGUCAGUGAAGAGAGCUUCAGGGAAGAUUCCCUGGCACAGUUGAAUUCUAGUGGCUCCAAAAUUGAUGACAAAAGUAAACAAGACAUUUGUAUAGCAAAAGGAACAUGGAAAAGUGUUCCAAAAUCUAAGCUAGACAUUGUUGAUUUAACUAAAUCAGAGAAUACAAAGUGCACAAAUGAAAAAUUGGGACCUCAAACACAAAAGGAAGUGAAAUCCUUACAAAAGUCUUCACCAAAAUGUGGGAGUGGCAAAGCCCAGGAUGGAAAGAAAAGGAAACAACUGCACCCUUAUUCUUCUUCUUCCAUUACAGCUGAUAAAAAGAGUCUUGAUAAACAAAAUUCAGUUGCUGCUGAUAGAGACAUUAAAAAACCUAUUUCACCAGUUAAGAUGCCAGAAUCUUAUCAGCAUUAUCAGAACAAAAUUGUAACAAAGUCUCCUUUAAAAGUAUCAGAAUCAAAAGCAAGCAGUUCUUAUUUGGGCAGUACAAAGAUCACAGGUAAAAGGUCGUUGGAGACCGUUGAGGAAUCUUUGCCAUCACUGGCAAAAUCAGGAUUGGUUUUGCCUGCUUCUAAACGAUUAAAAACAUGCCCAUCCCGUCUUCAAGAUUCGGAACAGACUCAGGAAAAUAGAAUCGGUGACAGUCGGAAGGUUAUUCGGCCCCAAUACAAAACCCCAACUGAGGCUAAAAAGGUCUCUGUUAAGUACAAUCAGUUAGUUACUUUACCUACGGAAACUGGACAUACUAAAACCUGUGUUGAUCUUGAAGUCAAUACAAGUGUGAAAUCAGAAAGUCGAGAAUCAGAGGACAAAAUAAAGUUAACAGGAACUGGCUUCGGUUUUGACUUUGAUAAGGGGACCUCUGAUUUUGUAAAUGAUGAUAGGAAUAACAACACUGAGUAUAGGUUGUUUAUUGGCAACAAAGAGAAGUUACUUGGCAUUCAGUCGUGGAUCAACAACAUUGAGGAAAACACUGACUGGUCAGACAGCUCCUCCCGGGAAGACCUUCCUCGGGAUACAUGCUCAGCCAGCUGUAACCAGUCCACAGAAAGUGGUUAUAUCUCCAUUGCACAAACACCUACACCCAGCCAGAGACGAGGAUGGCCUGGGCAGGCAAAAGCGAUAGACUGGAAGUCUCGAGAGAUCGUUGCCAUGGAUAUUGAUGCCUGCCUGUUUCCCAGCAAUACUCAACGAAAUACAGAGCACGGGAACCAAAUAAAUACAAAAAACGGAACCCAGAUAAAUACAGAGGACGGGAACCAUAUGGAGGCCAUGGAGAUUGACUAUGUUUUGACGGAGCUAAGAACACUCAUGAAGUCACAGACGCUGCAACAUGUUGAGAGUUUUGGUCCAGAAAACUUCCGAGAUCAAACAUCCCAAGGGGACACAGAACAAACAAAGCUGGUCGUGGUUCUGGAUACAAAUGUGUUGAUCAGCAAUCUCAGCAUGGUGGAUGAUAUGAAAGAUAUGGAAAUUCCAGUGUUUGGGAAGCCAUGUCUGUAUGUACCCUGGAUAGUGUUAGUUGAACUGGAUCGACUGAAAGGCACCAUGAGUAACAUACAGCCAACAAAGGUAUAA